AGGAAGGUCACACCAUCCCCCACCAUCAUCAGAUGGAAGAACUGAAGGACAUCAAAGUUGAGGUAAAAGAAGAAGAAGAAGAGACGUUGGAGGAAGAACUGAAAUACAUCAAAGUUGAGAUUAAAGAGGAAGAAGAAGAAGAGACGUCGGCGAGCGGAGAUGAACCAUUUAUGGAGGAGGAUGAGAUGAUUGUGGAAAGGAAACGGGAGGGAUCUUCUUUUUUUAUUGACAAAGAUGGACUCUUUGUUCUGAAUUCCUCGGAAGGAGAUCCAAAUUUAUCUCCCGAUAUGAAGGCAGAAGAUGAUGACAUCACACAAUGUUCUCCAGGAGAAGAUCCCAUUAUUCCAACCGCACAUCACAGACCUUCCCAUCUGGAGGGAUCAAUGGAUCCUUCUAAUUCUGAGGGACCUUCUAAAAGGUCCCGUACUAUGACCUCUCACGGUGCGGAUCAAUCAACACAUCCGUCCAAUCAUGGGGAGUCUUCUUUAUCUGAUGGAGGCCGCCCAGGAGAGCCUCCAUUGUCGUCUUUAGACUGCGAUAAGUAUCACCCUAAUAACACAGCGCUACCUAAACAGCAUAAAAGUUGUUCACAGUGCGGGAAAUGUUUCACCGGUGUAGGGCACCUUCUCAUACACCAGAGAAUUCACACGGGCGAGCGUCCUUAUUCCUGUUCCGAGUGCGGGAAAUGUUUCACUCAGAAACAACACUUUCUCAUCCACCAGAGAAGUCACACGGGCGACCGUCCUUACUCGUGUUCAGAGUGCGGGAAAGGUUUCUCCGAAAAAGGGAGACUUAUCAGACACCAGAGGAUUCACACGGGCGAGCGUCCUUAUUCCUGUUCGGAGUGCGGGAAAAGUUUCAGUCAGAAAGAGGGCCUCCUCAGGCACCAGAGAACCCACACAGACGAGCGCCCCUUUUCGUGUUCGGAGUGCGGGAAAUGUUUUGGGGCGAUAAAGCACCUGCGUGUGCACCAGAGAAGCCACACGGGGGAGCGCCCUUAUUCGUGUGAAGAGUGCGGGAAAAGUUUCACCCAGAGAGGAAGCCUUCAUACCCACCAGAGGAUCCACACAGGUGAACGUCCUUAUUCGUGUUCGGAGUGCGGGAAGUGCUUCCCUAAAAAAGGAAAUCUAAAUCAACACCAGAAAGUUCACACGGGUGAGCGCCCGUACCCGUGUUCGCAGUGCGGGAAAAGUUUCAAGCACAAAAAUGAACUGAUUACACACCAGAGGAUUCACACCGGCGAGCGCCCUUAUUCGUGUUCAGAGUGCGGGAAAUGUUUCACUCGGAAUACGAACCUUAUUAAACACCAGAAAAUUCACACGGGCGAGCGUCCCUUUUCGUGUUCGGAGUGCGGGAAAACUUUCACUCGGAAACACCACAUUCUUAUCCACCAGAGAAUCCACACUGGUGACCGUCCUUACUCGUGUUCGGAGUGCGGGAAAUGCUUCUCUGAAAAAGGAAGACUUCUUAAACACCAGAAAAGUCACACAGGCGAGCGCCCUUUUUCAUGUUCAGAGUGCGGGAAACGUUUCGUUCAGAAAUCGUGCCUUAAUAGACACCAAGAAGUUCACACGAGUGAGCGUCUUUUUCCGUGUUCGGAGUGUGGGAAAAGUUUUGCUUCGGUAAGGCAGCUUCUUUUACACCAGAAAAUUCACACGGGGGUGCGUCCUCAUUUGUGCUCGGAGUGCGGGAAAAAUUUCAUUGAGAAAGGAGACCUUAUCAUACACCAGAGAAUUCACACGGGCGAGCGGCCUUAUUCAUGUUCAGAGUGCGGGAAAUGUUUCCCUAAGAAAGGAAGUCUACGCCAACACCUGAGAAUUCACACAGGUGAGCGUCCCCACCAAUGUUCACAUUGCGGUAAAUGUUUCAAGCAGAAUUAUGAACUUACUGCACACCAGAUAAUUCACAUGGACGAGCGUCCCUUUUCAUGUUCAGAGUGCGGGAAAGGUUUCAAUCGGCAAAGGGACCUACUUGUUCACCAGAGAAAUCACGUGGGCGCUUAUUCAUGUACAGAGUGCGGGAAACUUUUUCCGGAUGAAGAAAGCCUAUUUAAACAUCAGCGAUGGCACACAGGGGAGUGUCCUUUUUUGUGUUCACAGUGCGGGAAAUCUUUUAAGCAAAAAGAUUCAUUUCUUGCGCACCAGAGAAUACACACGGGCGAGCGCCCUUUCACAUGUACCGAGUGCGGGAAAAGUUUCAUUCAUAGUGGAAGCCUGGCAAAUCACCUGAAAAUUCACACAAGUGAGCGUCCUUUCUCGUGCACAGAGUGCGGGAAAGGUUUUAUUCACAACGUAGACCUGAUCAAACAUCAGAGAGUUCACACAGGCGAGCGCCCUUAUCGAUGUCAAGAGUGCGGGAAAUGUUUCAAAUUCCAAGGAAAUCUCACUACACAUCGGAAAAUGCACACCAGCCAACAACGUUGACAAUGAUAUCGAGAUUUUUUUUACCAAUUGGAAACGAUUGGUACAUAGAACAAUUGUAGUAUAUAAUAAAGAAAAAAUAAAUCUUUAAA